AUGGAUGCUUUAGCAAGCGACUCCUCUGAGCGGCGGCAGUCAGACACGAAAGGAGAAGCGGCGGGUGAGGAAACACAAACAAAAAACUCCGCUGAAACUACACGCCAAACGCCAACCACCCAGCCCGAGAAGGUGAUGGAACCCGACGACAAAGCGCAACAGUGCGCGGAUGAACCAACGACGACAACGGAAUCUAACAACAGCCAACCAUCCUCCUCCGUUGGCCAAACAGCAGCAACAGCAGCAUCUUCCUCUUCCAAAGCACCGCCGAAAAGCAGAUCGUUCGAAAAAAUACCGAUCUUCGUGGUGGAAGACCAUCAUGAAGUGCUCACGUUCCUUUAUCGGUGCUUCGGCUCGAAGCAUUUACCCCUGCAAGGUAACCGGAUCGUGCACUUUGACUCCCAUCCGGACAUGUGCAUCCCGAAGCAUAUGCCCGCAAACUAUGUGUUCAACAAGGACGAUCUGCUGGAUAGUAUCAGCAUCGAGAACUGGCUUAUGCCGACCGUAUUUGCUGGGCACGUCGAGCGUAUCGUUUGGAUUAAACCGCCGUGGUCGGAUCAGAUUCCAAAGGGCAAGUUUGAGUUUCACGUAGGCGAGUUUGAGGGUUCGAUACGGACGGAUUCGACGCUGGAAUAUUUCGUGUCGGAGGGUUGCUAUCAACCGGAGGAUAAGCUGGAAAAUAGGAGACGGUUGCGGUUGGAAGUUUGUUCGGUCGAAGAGUACCCGGUAGCGGAGGAUACGGAUCUGGCGAAUGGGUACAUACUCGAUAUCGAUCUGGAUUACUUCAGCACACACAAUCCCUUCCUGAAGAUUUACGACCGGGUACAGCUGUACGAAAAGUUGAAGGAAAUAUUCGUUUCGCCCGAGCUGGCCGACGAUGCGGAGAACGAUCUCGAGAAGUUGCAGCGUAUAGCACGGGAUCGGGAGGAAAAGCUCGAAUUUCUUGAGUCGAUCUUCCUGUACCUGGAGGAGGUUGGCAAUCUGAAACAUUUUCUGGUGGACUAUCAACAGGAGAUAAGUGACGAAUAUGCGGGACUGUUGGAGAAGGUGACCACGCUGGUGCGGACGCUGAAGCGCGAGUACAAGGAGGAAGAGAUCGAUUGGUCAAUGAUUUACGAUGCGGGCUGUACGUGUGAUGUGACCGAUUUACCACACCAUGAAUCGAGCCAGGACGAGAUCGAAACGAUGGUGGGCCAGCUGGAACGCUUCCUGGAGAAGCUUCCGUGCCCGCCUGUUGUAAUAACGGUGUCGCGAUCGAGCGAAGACGACUACACACCGGCGACGCAGGUGGAAAUGAUACAGGAGAUGGUGCUGGCGGCGCUUACAAAGUGUCUGCGGGCGGAACUAGAUACCCCGAUACUUCACUAUAAGGAUCAGAAAUUUACACUGUAAGGACAAUAAAACCAACA